AUGCAGAUCGUCGCCGUGGUUUCGCUUAUCCCUGGCAAAUUUCGAGCAGACCGGCCGGCCCCCGAUUUAUCGAGUCGUUUGGAUCCCGGGCAAAGUGUCCAGAAAAUAUCCGUUAUAAUCACGAAUCGGUGCUGGGACACCCUGUACGUAAUAGUCCAGUGUGUUAUCGAUUUAAAGAAAAAGAAAACGGAGGGAAUGGAGGAUGACAUCAAAAGGGAGUCGAUUAAGAAGGGGAUUCCGGAAGGAGGAUCGAGGAAAUGGCGCGACGUUUCGCCAGCAGGACGUCCGGCAGCCAGCCGAUAUUCCCGUGUUGUCCGAUGCGAAUUCAUUGGUAUUCCGGGCCGCUAG